CCCCCUGAAAUUCCGAAAAUGUCCAGUUGAAAUCAAAAUGUACAACACCUGGAAGCAUCUGCUUGAAGCGGCAUCAAUCGCUGCACUGCACUGUGCUGCAGAGGAUCGUAUCUUGAAGUCUCCGGAAAUAACUAAUACUUAGUGUGUAAAAUCAAUCUCAUUCGCCAGAAUAUUCAUAAUUGAUAACCCCUCAUCAGACAAGACUCAUAUGGUUGUAUGUAAUUCGUAGGAUUGUAUCUGCAAGAACGGCAGUGGAAAUUCUUGGUGUUUGGGGGUUUAAUUAAUGUUAAUUAGCUGUUCAGUGAUUAAUUUAGUUUCUUGAAAAGCUGAUUUUGAUAUGGUAAUGUCAUAAUGAAUUGAUAAAUAUAAUUUUGGCAUCCAGCAGUGAGAGAAGGAAGAUUGGGAUGAACUGGGAUAUGGAAAGAGUAGGGUUGAUACGAUUGUUGGAUGUAGGUAUACGCUUGUGCAUGUUGUAGACAGUGAUAUAGAGUGUAUAGGUAGAGUUAGCGUAUAAAUGGCGAUCAUGAGGCGUAGAAAAGGCGGGGGAGGGAAGAGGUCUGAGAAUCCAGAGCACCAAUCGGAUGAGAAUAAGGAGAAAAAGGGCAAGGAAUCGGAGGAGAAUUCAAAAUCGGGUUCCGCGAAUUUGAAUGUUAAUUUGAAUCUUAAUUUGCACUCGGGUUCGGUGGCGAAGAAAUCAAGGAAGAAAUGGAGCUGUGUGGAUGGUUGUUGCUGGUUUAUUGGAUGCAUAUGCUCGAUGUGGUGGUUUUUGCUGUUCCUUUACAACGCAAUGCCACCGUCCUUUCCGCAGUACGUGACGGAGGCGAUUACUGGCCCACUGCCGGAUCCGCCGGGAGUGAAGUUAGCCAAGGAUGGGUUGAAAGCGAAGCAUCCAGUGGUUUUUGUUCCUGGGAUAGUGACCGGGGGGCUUGAGUUGUGGGAAGGGCACGCUUGUGCUGAGGGGUUGUUCAGAAAGAGACUCUGGGGUGGUACCUUUGGUGAAGUCUAUAAAAGACCCUUGUGCUGGGUUGAGCACAUGUCACUGGAUAAUGAAACCGGAUUGGAUCCUCCUGGUAUAAAGAUCAGGCCUGUUUCUGGCCUUGUAGCAGCUGAUUACUUCGCUCCAGGUUAUUUUGUUUGGGCAGUUUUAAUAGCCAACUUGGCUCGUAUUGGAUAUGAGGACAAAAAUAUGUAUAUGGCAGCAUACGAUUGGAGGCUCUCAUUCCAAAAUACUGAGGUUCGAGACCAAACUCUCAGCAGGAUAAAAAGUAACAUAGAGCUCAUGGUUGCUACGAGUGGCGGUAAAAAGGUGGUGGUUGUUCCACAUUCAAUGGGUGUUCUGUAUUUCUUGCAUUUCAUGAAGUGGGUGGAGGCACCUAAACCAAUGGGUGGUGGGGGUGGACCAAAUUGGUGUGCUGAGCAUAUAAAGGCUGUAAUGAACAUUGGUGGACCUUUCCUGGGUGUUCCUAAAGCAGUUUCAGGAUUGUUCUCUGCUGAAGCCAAAGAUAUAGCAAUUGCGAGGGCCAUUGCACCAGGUGUUUUGGAUAGGGAUGUAUUUGGGUUUCAAACUCUACAGCAUGUGAUGCGCAUGACUCGUACUUGGGACUCAACAAUGUCAAUGAUACCAAAGGGUGGGGACACUAUCUGGGGUGGACUUGAUUGGUCGCCAGAAGAAGGUCAUGCGUGUAGUUCAAAGAAGAACAGCAAUGAUCAGAUAGCAGGCUAUAACAGGACAGAGGAUUUGGCUAAUUCUGGUGGGGUGAAGUAUGGAAGAAUUAUAUCAUUUGGAAAAGAUGUGGCUGAUUUACGUUCAUCAGACAUUGGGAGUGUUGAUUUUAGGGGUGCUUUCAAGGGAAACAAUCUGGCAAACAUAACCUGCCGUGAUGUAUGGACAGAGUACCAUGAUAUGGGCAUUGGUGGAAUCAAAGCAGUAGCUGAUUAUAAAGUCUACACAGCUGGUUCGAUCUUGGAUCUGCUUCAUUUUGUUGCACCAAAAAUGAUGAAGCGUGGCGGUGCCCAUUUUUCAUAUGGAAUUGCUGAUGAUCUGAGUGACAAAAAGUAUGAACAUUUCAAAUACUGGUCAAAUCCCCUUGAAACAACAUUACCAAACGCACCAGACAUGGAAAUCUUUUCAAUGUAUGGAGUAGGGAUCCCUACUGAAAGAGCAUAUGUAUAUAAGUUCAGUCCUGCUGCAGAGUGCUUUAUUCCUUUCCAGAUUGACACCUCAGUUGAUGGUGCAGAUGACAACCAUUGUCUGCAAGGAGGAGUAUAUUCGGUUGAUGGAGAUGAAACCGUCCCAGUUCUAAGUGCUGGAUUUAUGUCUGCCAAAGGUUGGCGAGGAAAGACUAGAUUCAAUCCAUCCGGAAUACGUACCUUCUUAAGAGAGUACAAUCAUGCCCCUCCUACAACUCUUUUAGAGGGCAGGGGAACCCAAAGUGGUGCUCAUGUUGAUAUAAUGGGAAACUUUGCUCUAAUUGAAGAUAUCAUUAGAGUUGCAGCAGGUGCCACCGGAGAAGAGAUAGGAGGAGAUAAAGUGCACUCUGAUAUUUUCAAAUGGUCAGAAAGGAUUAAAUUAAGACUUUAGAAUGUUUUCAUGUACUAUAAUGUGAGUUCUCUACCCUUCACAAUUUGUUCACAAGGCUGUUGAACAGCGACUUGGCUCUGUUGGGAACCCUCAGCAUUCAGGUCUAUAAACACAUUGGUAAUUUACAUCAUUAUGACUCCUGAUCUAUAUCUGCUUUGGAGUAUUUACUAGUCUCAGUUGCAGCACGUAGUUGAUGCUUGCUUUUCCGAUUUGUUAGAGAGACGACUGACGAAGCAUAUUCUGCUUCUAUUCAUGCCGAGAAAACUUGGGAUGUGGAAUGUCUUUAGAGUUUCUAUUGCCCUGGUUCACGCAACCUAUAGCUAACCGGGCAGGCCAGAUGCAAGAAGUGCUGAGGUUGGGUACCGACUACUCUGUUGUAGUCAUUAGCAUGAAUCAGGACUGUGAGUGGAACAAUAGACCAUGGCAGAAUCAAAGUGCAACCGGUAUCCGCUUGCAUUUGCUGGCCUUUAAUGUCCCAAGAAAUUUUGUUAGUUCAUUAACCACAUUGAUGGAUUUGGAUUGAGUGGAUGACUUGAAGAAAGGAUUCUAAAUGAUUUCAUA